AUGGAGUUCACUCUCCAAAUGUGUGAGUCUAACCCCAUAAAAGGGGAGACAAAGAUGUGUGCCACUUCUUUUGACUCCAUGCUUGAGUUCGUACGUGGCAUGUUCGGAUUGGACGGCUUGGGCCACGGGUUCACACAUCUCACAACCACCUUCUACAACGAUUCCAAUACCAUGUACCAAAACUACACCGUUUUGGAGGACCUGAGAGAGAUACCAACACCCAAGAUGGUGGCAUGCCAUCUUAUGGAAUUUCCUUACGCUGUGUAUGGCUGCCAUAGCAUGGCCAAGGACAGGAAGCUCUUCAAGGUGUCGUUGAGUGGCCACAUGGGAGACAGAGUUGAAACCAUUGUCGUUUGUCACAUGGAUACCUCGCUGUGGGAUUCAGAUCAUCCUUCCUUCAAGGCCCUAGGGUUUGGGCCAGGCAUGGGACCUGUCUGUCAUUUCUUCCCUGAUCACACUAAUUUCGUAUGGCUUCCUUCCUCUGUUCAAGUCUAA